CCCCGCCCCGCGCAGAGGGCACCGCCCUGAGCGGGGUCCGGCCGGGCAGUUGGGCGGUGUGGACUUCGUGCCGUUGCCUCCCGCGCGGCGUGCUCAGGCGACGCCGGAAACCCGCUCGCCAUGUCGGCUGCGGAGGCGGAGGGUGUUUUCCACAGAGCCCGGGGCAGGACCCUGGACGCGUUUCCUGCAGAGAAAGAAAAGGAAUGGCAAGGCCCGUUCUACUUCCUGCAAGGUGCAGACCCGCAGUUUGGGCUGAUGAAGGCCUGGUCCACCGGGAACUGUGACAGCGGCGGUGACGAGUGGGGACAGGAGCUCCGUCUCACUGAGCAAGCCGUCCAGGCCAUCAACAGGCUGGACCCCAAGCCCAAGUUCUUUGUGCUGUGCGGAGACCUCGUCCACGCCAUGCCGGGCAUGCCCUGGCGGAAGGAGCAGACGCGGGACCUGCAGCGGGUGCUCCGGCAGCUGGACAGAGACAUCCCGCUGGUCUUCGUCAGCGGCAACCAUGACGUGGGCAACGUCCCCACGGCGGAGACCAUCGAGGAGUUCCGCCAGACCUGGGGAGACGACUACUUCAGCUUCUGGGUUGGGGGCGUCCUGUUCCUGGUCCUCAACUCCCAGUUCCUGUUCGACGCGUCCCAGUGCCCGGCCCUGAAGCAGGCCCAGGACCGGUGGCUGGAGCAGCAGCUGAGCGUCGCCGGGCAGCGGAGGUGCCGCCACGCCAUCGUCUUCCAGCACAUCCCACUGUUCCUGCAGAGCAUGGACGAGGACGACGACUACUUCAACCUCACCAAGCCCGUGCGGCAGGAGAUGGCCGACAAGUUCACUGAAGCAGGCAUCACAGCCGUGUUCGCCGGCCACUACCACAGGAACGCCGGGGGCACCUACCGGGACCUGGACAUGGUGGUGUCGUCGGCCAUCGGCUGCCAGCUGGGCAGGGACACCCACGGGCUCCGGGUCGUGGUGGUCACCGCAGAGAGCGUGGUUCACCAAUACCGCAGUCUGGACGAGCUGAGCGAGAAGGGGAUAGGAGACGAGCUCAUGGAUCUGUUGAAGAAGAAAUGACGGCCACGUGUGAGCUGCGUGCGCCUCUCUAACAUGGUUCCGUGUUUUGCCAGGUACACCAGUGCCCGCGGCCCCUUCCUGGAAUCUAAAAGCAGCCUGGGCAGGUUUUCAUUUCCUGUCGUGCGGCAUCAGCAGAGAACUGGGUCCUCAGACCCAUUCGAAACAGCACCGCCCGCCCUCUGUGAAGCCAGGAGGGCACCCAGGAGCAGGUGUUUUUUAGGAAAAUGCUGUCAGGCUGUCUCUGCCUGGGUGUUUGAAUAAAUUUACCUAAUGCUGUGUUUCUCCA